AUGGAUCCGCCCGCGAAGAAGAUGAAAACCUCCCCGCCCACGCUCUGCGACAUGCCCGACGAGAUCCUCGCCCACAUCGCCUCCCACCUCGAACCCGGAGACGUGUUCAACAUGGUCUUGUCCAGCAAGAAGCUUUUUCGCCCCGCGGGUGUCGUUGACUUGACGGCCGACGAGGACGCAAACCGAGAAGAAGCUCUCGGCUUCAAGCUGGUCAAGUGGUCGAUGCGACACCGACUGAAGAAGAUAUUGACGCUGUUCACCAAGAAAAAGUUCACGUUCGACGACCUCUUCCCCGAAGAGGAGCGCAACUUGGACUUCGUCUCCGGGCAACCUCAGGUCAGUUUCUGUCUGCUUUCACACCAACCUCCUGCCCAACUUUUGCAUCGUCUACUCACAAGAGGUAUGGCUUCGCAGAUGCUCAUCGCCGGCUCCGUGGCAGUCAAGUGCGCGGUUCCUAGAAGAUCAGGGAAGUGGCGCCCUGGCGACAUCGACAUCUUCUGCACGUGGGACGCCGCGCCCAUGGUCCGCCGCCGACUGAUCCAGCGGUGCGGUCUGAUCUGCGGGGGAGUCGUUAAUAACACAUCGUACACGGACGACGGCCCCUAUCUCGCUGGAGACGUGGAGAACAGGGCGGCGGCAGUGAUCCAUCACGUCGAGGAAUAUGCCGCCCGGCCUAUGAAUGAAGACGAGUGGGGCGAAUGGAAAUACAAACCUUGUGAUGCAGGGGGUUUAGAGGCGUACUACAAGAUGGCAAAACAAUGGGGCGCUGAAGUGAGGGCCCCCCUCAGCAAUAUGCACCCCUACAUCGGACAACCCGGUGGUGCCCUCGGCGGCGAUUUCCUCUUCGACUAUAACUUUGAACACAAAGGCUCUGUGCAGCUCAUCAUCGGCAGGCCCGACGUCAAAGACGCCACAAAGCUUCUGCGCCACUUCGACAUCGAGAUUUGCAAGUGCGCCUUCAGCGCAUCGAACGUUUACAUCCCCGCCGCCGUCGAAACAUUGGCGGGCCGCACCUUCAUCACCCCCGCGCGCCACGCCCUCGCCGAGAGUUUCAUGAAGGCUUUGAACAAAGUCAAGCCAAAGUUCCCUGACGGUACUUGCACGUAUGAUGACUCUGAAAUGCCCAAGGUUCUUGCGAAGAUCAAGCACAAGGUGUGGAAAGGCAUCGGGCUUCCGCCGUACAGCGGAUCUCAGUACGACUUUGAGCACAAAUACACGGUCAUCGCAAGGCUCUUUGAACGCAUCCAGAAGUACCACACGCGAGGCGUGA